AUCUCACUUCCCUCUUCCAUUCCGUCUUCUCCGUUUCCUCCUUUAUAUGCUUCUUUCUUUCUCUCUCUCUUUCCCUCGCUUUCUUUCUCUCCUUCAAUCAAUCCUCUCAUUGCAUUGCCAAAAGGCUUAGAAAAUGGCAGAUUCUGAGGAUAUUCAGCCUCUCGUAUGUGAUAAUGGAACGGGAAUGGUUAAGGCUGGGUUUGCUGGAGAUGAUGCUCCAAGAGCUGUGUUUCCUAGUAUUGUGGGUCGUCCUCGCCACACAGGUGUGAUGGUUGGGAUGGGUCAGAAAGAUGCUUAUGUAGGUGAUGAGGCUCAAUCCAAACGUGGUAUUUUGACUUUGAAAUACCCAAUUGAGCAUGGUAUUGUUAGCAAUUGGGACGACAUGGAAAAGAUUUGGCAUCAUACUUUUUAUAAUGAACUUCGUGUUGCACCUGAGGAGCACCCGGUUCUCCUAACAGAAGCUCCACUUAACCCAAAGGCCAAUCGUGAGAAGAUGACACAAAUCAUGUUUGAGACUUUCAAUACUCCAGCCAUGUAUGUUGCCAUUCAAGCCGUUCUGUCCUUGUAUGCAAGUGGUCGUACAACUGGUAUUGUGUUGGACUCUGGUGAUGGUGUCAGUCAUACUGUUCCUAUAUACGAAGGGUAUGCCCUCCCACACGCCAUCCUUCGUCUUGACCUGGCAGGCCGUGAUCUCACAGAUAACCUGAUGAAAAUCCUCACUGAGCGUGGAUACUCUUUUACCACAACUGCUGAGCGUGAAAUUGUGAGAGAUAUGAAAGAAAAGCUGGCAUAUAUCGCCCUUGAUUAUGAACAGGAGAUGGAAACAUCCAAGAGCAGCUCAUCCGUUGAAAAGAGCUACGAAUUGCCUGAUGGACAGGUGAUUACCAUCGGUGCAGAGAGAUUCAGAUGUCCCGAAGUUCUUUUCCAACCCUCCAUGAUCGGGAUGGAAGCAGCAGGCAUUCAUGAGACUACAUACAACUCUAUCAUGAAGUGUGAUGUGGAUAUCAGGAAGGACCUGUAUGGCAACAUUGUCCUAUCCGGUGGUUCGACCAUGUUCCCGGGCAUUGCUGAUAGAAUGAACAAGGAAAUCUCUGCCCUGGCCCCUAGCAGCAUGAAGAUAAAGGUAGUGGCACCACCGGAGAGAAAGUACAGUGUCUGGAUCGGAGGAUCCAUCUUGGCAUCCCUUAGCACCUUCCAACAGAUGUGGAUUGCCAAAGCGGAAUACGAUGAAUCUGGACCAUCGAUUGUGCACAGGAAAUGCUUCUAAAGGAAGAAGAAUAGGAAGAAGAUUCAUUGGUGGAAGAGAAGAGCAAAAAUGGUGUGUUCUGAAAUGGAAUCAAAACUUGUUUAAAGCUCCUCUCUUUGGCUUUAGCUUUGUUUAUUCCUUCUGUUAUUCAAAUUUUGAGAUGGCCUGGAUUUUACUUGAUAAAAGGGUUCAAAUUCUUUCAAUAAUAUUCUGUUAUUGAAAAUUUUUUCACAAUCUGUCAUAUUCUUUCUUAUUAUUUUCCCUCAAGAUUUAUCUCUAAAUCUGUCAAGGGAUAGGGCUUUAGAGGGGCUUUAGAAUUUUAUGUGGGUUGUUUUCUUUUUACUGAUUCUCAAAGUCUAUAAAAUAUGAAGUUUAUUAUGA